AGGCUAGGCCUCUGUUGCUAGGGCGACCGUGAAGCGCAGCACGUGACCAGUGACGCGGACGGACGCUGCGGCGGCCUUUCGGGGCGUGUGCGCGGACUUCCGGUUGCGUCACGAAUUCUCCUCUAGGACCGAGGCACCGGGAGCGGGGAUGAGCCCGAGCGAGAGACCGGGGGAGCUGGGGAACCAGGAGUGACGGGAGUCAGACGGGGAAAAGUCAGGGUUUACUACAAGGACGUGCCAGGACUGACCUGCGUGGGACCGCCGCCCGUUUGGGCUCCAGAAACAGUUUCGGACCGUGAAGAUUCGUGUUUGAAUGAAGCCGUUGGGGUGAACGCUCGUGUAACAAUGAGCCGUGGAAAACGUGAUAGCAACUUCUCAGUCUUUGAGAUAGGCGAUUCCACCUUUACAGUUCUUAAGCGUUAUCAGAACCUGAAGCCCAUUGGAUCUGGGGCGCAGGGUAUAGUAUGUGCUGCAUAUGAUGCUGUCCUAGAGAGACAUGUUGCCAUCAAAAAGUUGAGCCGACCAUUUCAGAAUCAAACCCAUGCCAAGAGAGCCUACCGAGAACUUGUUCUCAUGAAAUGUGUCAAUCAUAAAAACAUAAUUGGGCUCCUGAACGUAUUUACCCCCCAGAAGUCUCUGGAAGAGUUUCAAGACUUGUACAUCGUUAUGGAGCUUAUGGAUGCCAACCUGUGCCAAGUGAUACAGAUGGAACUGGACCAUGAACGCAUGUCCUACCUACUGUACCAAAUGUUGUGUGGCAUUAAACACCUACACUCUGCAGGGAUCAUCCACAGAGAUCUAAAGCCCAGUAAUAUUGUUGUGAAAUCCGAUUGCACACUGAAGAUUCUUGACUUUGGUCUUGCCCGGACAGCUGGAACAAGCUUCAUGAUGACCCCCUAUGUUGUGACUCGCUAUUACAGAGCUCCUGAGGUCAUCUUGGGAAUGGGAUACAAGGAGAAUGUGGAUUUGUGGUCGGUGGGGUGCAUUAUGGGAGAAAUGAUAUGCCACAAGAUUCUCUUCCCUGGAAGGGACUAUAUUGACCAAUGGAAUAAAGUAAUUGAACAGUUGGGGACCCCAUGCUCAGAGUUCAUGAAGAAAUUGCAACCCACCGUUCGGACCUAUGUGGAGAAUCGACCCAAAUAUGCAGGAUACAGCUUUGAGAAACUCUUCCCAGAUGUUCUGUUCCCAGCAGACUCUGAACACAACAAGUUGAAAGGUGAGAGAGCCAGCCAAGCUAGAGACCUGCUGUCCAAGAUGCUAGUAAUAGAUGCUUCCAAGAGGAUCUCUGUGGAUGAUGCUUUACUGCACCCAUACAUCAAUGUUUGGUACGACCCACUGGAGGCCGAAGCUCCCCCACCAAAGAUACCAGACAAGCAGCUGGACGAGAGGGAGCACACGAUAGAAGAAUGGAAAGAACUCAUAUACAAAGAAGUCUUGGAUUGGGAAGACCGAGCUAGGAAUGGAGUGAUCCGUGGGCAGCCACCGCCUUUAGGUGCAGCAGUGACCGAAGGAACCCAGGCUCACACCUCCUCAUCAUCGGCUGAUGCUUCCUCCAUGUCCACAGACCCAACGCUGCCAUCAGACACAGACAGUAGCCUUGAAACCUCAGCAGGGACCCUGGGCUGUUGUCGAUGACUCAGUGGGGAGGGGAGGGGUAGGAUUAUGAUUAUACAGGUGGCAGGUAGGCAAGAUGUGGCAACGCUACCUCUAGGGUAGCACAAAAUGAUGGGGGGUGGGGGGAAAACGCCACUUGUAUUACUUUAGAGUAAAUAUAAUUAGCCCCUUACCUGCCACAAACUUGUGAUUGCACUGCAGUCAAGGGGGGGAUUGGGGUCUGAAAGUUGGCUAAAACACUAGUAACCAUUUAAGCACUGGAGAGGAGCCACAAUUAACACUGCACUCCCCACCAGGACUAAAUUGGUUAAAAGGUGUGGUUUCAUUUUUAUUUUUUAAUGCUGUAAUUUCAACACUUAAGUGCUGGAGGGGUUUGAAAAUCUGCCAUAAAUAUUGUUUUUUGUUUUCUAUUGUGUGUUGGGGAGGGGGCUUAGUGCUCUAACUUUCUGAGAAAAAGGUCACCUUGGUCCUGAUUGUCUUGAAAAGAAGAUUUUAUUUGAUUAUUUUUGUUUUUCUGUUUCCUUGCUGGUGCUGCUCCGUUUUAUCUCCUAGAAUUUUACAGAUCUGUUCCAUAUAUUAGUAAAUGAAGAAAAUACUUUAUUUUUAUUUUCCUCCCUCUCCCCAUUUUUUUUAAUCCAUUUUUUUUUCUUUCAUAGUGUAUGGAAUUUUAUUGUCACUUGUUCAGGCCUCCCGCGCCAGAUAAUCCGAGGGAGACAGAGCUUAUAAUCACUUUUUAUUAUAUAAUCCUGCCUUUGUGACAGAGGUAUCGUCGGUGCAUCCAGUCUUGCUUUGGGGUUUAUUGAUUAAACACUUAGUUGUGAGAAGUAGCCAAUAAAGUGCCAAUAAAGAGACGGGUUAACAGCUGCAAGGGAGAAUUCAUGAAACCAACUAUUUUGGCCUACAUUUACAGCUCAGUAGUCAUUUCAGCAUAACUCACUGUUUAGUGAAUAAAUCUUGCAAUUGUGGGAAGUACCAGAGACAACCGUUUAAGGUGUCACUGUGUUUGAGGAUUUUAAAUAACUGACUGUGAUACGAUUCACUUAAGUGAAGACAGCCAUUUUUGGAACUUCCUAACAAACUUAUUUUCCACCAGAGGGGCUGGCAUAUAUUGCGUAGCAACGUGUCAAUGGCAAUGAGGAGGUUAAAUUGGCUGAGAGAGGGGCAUAUUUUUGUAUUGUGUCUCGUGUUGCAUCCCAUGGUGCAAUACAUUUUUACAUGCUAGUUCCUCUCCUGAAUCUGAACUGGCGAUGGUAUCGUUGGAUGGAGGUGGCCAUUUUACAUGUGGCUUGUGGGAAAAGCAUUGUUAUUUAUUUUUUAUUCUGGGUGGGUAAAAGUUAAACGAUUGUGUUACUCAUAACAAGAUAGUUUUUAGUACGUUAUGAAUAUUUUGUUAUAGCUGUGAGAAUGAAUGCACCAGAGAAUCCUUGCUUGUCACUUCUGUGCAUCGGACACAUGCUCCGCAUUUCCCACGGUUAGCCUGCCGCGGAAGAGCAAUCUUCACGUUGUUCGAGUCCUUUUCUCCAUCUAGACGUAUCGUAUCACUGCUUGUUAAUUCCUCUUCUGUUUACGUUAGCAGUACAGAUCAAUCAUGCAGAGCUGAGUGUGUGCUGCUGUUCUAACUGUGCAGUCUUGGGAAAACACAGGUGGACAGAGCAGCGCAGCCAUAAUAAACGAUCACUGACUCGUAAUAAAAGAUCGAUGUUGGAGAAA